UCCCCCCAUUUUCCCUCCUCCAAAAUCUCCCGAGGACCCAUAUAAAUCUCCAAGCAAGAGUACUAAUGUGAAAAGUGCUAUUUCAACUGAUUUUGUUGGAUUUUUAUUUUUUUGGGGUUUUUGGUUUGGCGAAGUGUUUUAUCAUUUUAUGUGGUCAACACUUGCCCAUCCUGUAUAAAUGGACGGCAACUGAGUAGCUCAACCACACAGAUGCAGCGACUGUAUGACUUCCCGGAAAAACUACAUGAAGAUUUUUGAGAACAGAAUAACCAGCAGUACAAGAAACAUGGACGCCACCUGGUCAUUUACCAAUCUUAUUUUGGUAGCCGCCCUUGUAAUGAGUUCAAAAGCAUGGCGUCUCAAUGUUUCGUCAGAAGAAAUAGAAAUCGCUAAGACAGCACACGUUUCUCUGAACUGUUUCAACCCCUAUCAGCAGCCGGACAUUUCGGAAAUUCUAUUGAUGAGAAUCCAGAAAAAACAUUUGAGCGGAUGGUCCAGUGUUGCGGAACUUCGGGACGAUGAUGUGGACGUCAGACUAACAGCUAAAGAUGUGACCGCUACGGGCAGCAUUGUCUCCGGGGCUAACAGCUAUAUGCGGCUUUCUUGGCCAUUGGCAACUAACGAUACAAUCGGUGUGUACCGUUGUGAUGUCACUAUUUUAAAUUCCCAAGGCAGUGUCGGGUGGCAGAAAAGCUUACCGACUUCCAUCAUUCGUAAGAGUGACGUCACUGUUCAGAUCCUGAGUGAAAUGGUAGAAGAGAACAAGAGACAGUGUAUGCAACAAAAACACGACAGUCAGGAAUACGUAGCAGCAGCCAUAGAGGAGAACAAGAAAAAUAGUCUAAAGGAAAAACAAGACAUUUUCCAAAAAAUGACAACGACCCUGAAGGCGCUUGAAGCGAGUUUCCAUAGCAAGUUGGAAAGCCAGAUACAGACCCUGAGCCACACAGUGGAGCUAUACAAAAGAGAAUGUCCUCACCAACUGCUAUCCCACAAACGCCAGAUUCUGGAGAACGUGGCAGCUGCCUUGGACAGGAACAGGAAAGAGGGUCUUCAACAGAGCCAAGACCUCCUGGUUAACGUGACGUCCGUCAUGGAGGAUCUCGAAGCCAAUUUUGAGCGCAAGUUGAGCGUUGUCAAAAGCCAGUUACAGCCCCAGUCGUGCGCCAGUGCUAAGGGUUUGGGUCCUCUGCCGGUGGUCAGUCUCUCUAGUGGUCAACUUGUAGUCUGUGACAUGGUGAUGGAUGAAGGAGGCUGGAUCGUGAUACAGAGACGUGCUUCGGCGGACGUUGAUUUUUUCCGUGGUUGGGAAGAAUACAAAAACGGAUUUGGUGACCUCUCUGGCAAUUUCUGGCUCGGGCUCGAGAAAAUCCACCAGUUGACAAGUCAGGGGAGAUACGAAAUAAGGAUCGAUUUCAGAUUUCAGGGGAAAAACUACUUCGCCAGCUACGACAACUUUUCGUUAUCUGGAAAAACGGAAAAUUACAAAAUUCAGAUUUCGGGAUUUUCGGGUAAUGUAAGUGAGGACAGCAUGGCUUAUCACAAUGGUAUGGCGUUUACUACCAAGGACCGUGACAACGACCUGUCUAGUCGCAACUGUGCCAAUCGGUACCAUGGAGCUUGGUGGUACAAUGACUGCCAUCAUGUGAACCUCAACGGACUGUGGGGCAGCAAAGGGCGGGGCUGGACGGGCUUGAGAUGGGGUAGUGUCACAAGCGAUGACUCUGUCUCCUUCAGCGAAAUGAAAAUUCAUCCAUUUGCUGAGUGACAGAGUUAUUCAACUGAAUUUUUCAUGUAUUUCGAUACUUGUGUGUCUUUAUGUUUGAAGUAUAGAAAAAUACAAUAAUAGAAUACCGUCACAAUCUUAGCGAUUCAGAUGCUCAAUUUUCUCAUUUUGUGACUUUCUUGAUUUAUAAGAGAUACAUUACAACUGAUAAUGAUGCUGAAACAUUAUCAAAUGUACUUUCCAUAAUCCUGAUAUUUCUCAAUUGCUCGUUGCAACACAUACACGCACUUUUAAAACCCUAGAGACAUUACACAGAUAUGCACACUGCACAAAUACAUGGACACAUAUUUCUUUUAAUGGAAAAGAUCAAACGUAUCUUUUAAAAACUAUGAGGAUAAAAAUUAAAGGUCUUGAGUUUUUCAGAAUUUUUUUUCUUGUACUUAAAAAUGUUUAAGAUAUUGAAAAAAAUGUUUUACUUUCAUGUAAAUAGAAGAAGACUGUACUAGAUAAUUGAGAUAUCUUUUACAUAAUUAUCAGACUGACCAAUGAAAAUUCGCAAAUCUAACGUGUUGUUGUUGGGGUGCUAUUUUGUCUAUUUUCAAGAUAAUAUAGUACAUAGUACCGUUAAAAUACAAUGUUGAUGUUAGUAAGCUGACCAAACCUUAUGCAAAUUGAUUGUUAAAUGAAAGUUGUGGUGAGAAGAGUGAUCAUACGUCUUGAUUUCAAACAAAACAGGAAGAACAAUUUAAAGGUUAAAACUGCAAUAAUUUAUAUUUUAAGAGUGAUUAUCAAGCGGGAGAAUGCUUUCUGAUUUCUGAUUUUCCUUUUAUAUAUGUGGAAUUGAAAAGAAGAAAUAAAUAAACUAUAAACAUCAGCAUUUUCAA